AAUGCCGAUCACCUUUGUUAAUUUCUUCCUGGCCCUCUUCUUUGUCCUCCACUAUAUAUACGUGCUGGCCACAUCGCCACAGUGAAGAGAAAGAGAGAGGAGGACUGGAGGACGAGGAGGUGGAGGAGACGGAGGCCUCGGGAGGAGGAAGCCGGCGCGCGGGCGUCGCGGGAUCACGUCGGCGUCGAUCGGCUAGCAGCAUGGGCAAUAGCCUGCGGUGCUGCCUGGCGUGCGUGCUCCCCUGCGGCGCGCUGGACCUGGUGCGGAUCGUGCACCUCAGCGGCCGCGUCGACGAGUACGGCCGCGCCGUGUCGGCCGGGGAGGUGCUGGCGGCGCACCCCAACCACGUGCUCAGCAGGCCCUGCUCGUCGCCGCAGGGGGUGGUGCGGCGGAUCCUCAUCGUGUCGCCGGACUCGGAGCUCGAGCGCGGGGAGAUCUACUUCCUCAUCCCGGCGGCCUCCGUGCCCGACGCCAAGAAGAGCGGCGGCGGCACGCCGACCCGGCACGUGCGCAGCAAGUCGGAAGGCAGCGUCGUCGUGAGCGACCGGCAGCUGGGGCUCGCCGGCGCGUCGCCGCCGGAGAAGGCGCCGGCGCAGAAGAGGACGGCCGCGCAGCAGCACCGGAGGCGCAUGAGCACCGGCAGCCACGCCGCGCCGUGGCAGCCGCACCUCGCCUGCAUCGCCGAGGACCUCUGAGUCGCAGCUGUCCGCGCGCGCGUGGUGUGAUCGGGCGAUGCCGUGGUUCCCAUUUCCUUCUCCUGUGUAAAUUUUCGUCCGUGCCGUCUCUGGGUUGGUUGCUUGCUGUGUCGUUCAAAGUGUAAAUUCAAACGUCGCGAGUUGAUCUU